AUGUAUGAGUUUCUUUGUGUCGUCUAUCUAAAUAUCUUUCGCAUCUUUGCACUUGAUGGCGAACGCAAGAUAGCGCCUUCAUUUUCUUGCCAACAAUCUCAUGGCUUUUUCUUGUUGUUCUUUCAUCUUCAAAAGAUGGGUUUUAUAUAUCAUGGACCAUGCUGGGGAACAGUAAUUUUACUUUCACUCUUGUCGAUUGGGUUGUACUUGGUGCACAAAAUUCACAAUCUCGCAAGGGUUUUUUCGUCUUUCUUAACUUGUUGUCGCUUGGACUCCCUAGUUGGACUAAACCCUCAGAGGCCUAUACUUAAGAAAAAUCAGUGUUUAGAAUAUUUCAAUCUGUGUGCAUUUUUUCUUCUUAUGAUACGGUGACAACCCUUUUAAAACGUAAAAACAGAGCAGGUAUAGAAAGCUUCCAGACAUCGAGCAAUAUCACAAUCUGGUUAGAGGAGAAAGCAAUCCGUCAGCUUACCUGCUUGUUGUCGGUGUCACAAUUCUAUAUCUUCAACCGUUCAGAAGAUGGCAUACGUGCCUUUUCUUCAGUCAAAUAGGAGGCUUAUUUUUGUCCUGUAAUCUUCUCUGGGCGUCCUUCUCUCACUUCUCUGUUUUUUUUAGAAAGUAGUUGAUUCCAUGGUUACCCUCGGUGUAGGCUGAGAAUCACUGGUGAACUGAAAUCUUUGUGUUCGCUCACCUGUCAACAGUCUUAAGGCCCGCCUCUUCGGAAGCUGAAGUGGGAGAACAGAGUGAGAGGAUGUAGGGGAGCUAAGAAUGGGCCAUUUGACCAAUUUAUUGGGGCAAAAGAAAACAUAGUCCAGUCACGUUGACCCCUUUUAGAUCAGCAUUCGAAGCAGCUACUAACAUGAUCGCAUUAUUUUUAUACAUUUCAGACGUUGGUGUUGGAUGUGUGCGAUGAGACAGAUAUCGCAGAGCUCAAACUCAAGGUAUGAUUUGUGACCAGAUGAAUUCGAUAGCAGCUUCUUAUUGCCUCAUUUGGUAGUGUGAAAAUGACGGCCUUUUUCAAAGAAAAAUCCUGUCAAAUUCCUGCAUGAACAAUGUGGUUUUCUAUGUAGAAACUAUAUUGAUUGUUAUUGAAUAAAUGAUUGCACUAUUGCGUUAACUUUUUCUCAGGUGGGAGGCUUCGAAAUGCAUCUAAGAAGGAAUGUAGGGGCUCCAAGAUCUCCACCUCAUAUUGUGUCGCCAACGACGGCGCCGCCAAUUCCUAGCGAGCCGAUGGCCCAAUCAAUCCCUGCAGCACCCUCGGGCACACCUCAGAGGCCCCCUCAGGUGCCCACCAGUCCGUUCUCCAACGCCUCGUCAGUGAAGGCGACGAAGCUAGCUGCUCUGGAGGCUUCUGGAAUAAAGACAUAUGCCCUCGUGUCGUCUCCAACGGUAGGGAAAGGCCCCGGCUCUGUGUCUUCUCUCCAUUUGUGUUGAUUAUCCUGCCCACACGCCAAGAUCUUAGCCCACCGAAUGCUCGCAGGUGGGAUCAUUCAGAAGCGGGAGAACGAUUAAAGGGAGGAAACAGCCGCCGAGCUUUAAGGAGGUAUUGCCGAAACUUGGUCUGUUAUCUUUCGUUUUUCCUUUCCACGAUUUUAACAAGAUCAAGAAGUGAUAAACUAGCGAGCGAGGAGAGAGAGAGAGAGGAACCCAGAAAUGAGCUCCAGGCGAGAUAUAGAGAGAGAGAGGAAGCUAGAAAUGGCUUGAUCAGGCCCUUAUGAAAACAUGGUAGAGAGAGAGAGAGAGAGCAACCCAGAAAUGAGCUAGGCAAGAUAGAGAGAGAGGGAGCUAGAAACGGGCUGUGUCAGACCCUUACGAAAACCGCGAGAGAGAGAGAGAGAGAGAGAGAGGAAGACAAAUGGGCUUCAAGCGAAAUAGAGAGAGAUGAACCUAGAAAUGGGCUUUGAUCAGGCCCUUAUGAAAACCGGGCAGAGAGAGUGAGACCCAGAAAUGAGCUCCAGGCGAGAUAGAGAGAGAGGAACCUAGAAAUGGGCUACGUCAGACCCUUAUGAAAACCGGUUAGAGAGAGACAGGGAGAGACACAGGUAGGCUUCAAUUUCCCAGAAAAGAAAGAUUAUCUAUUGGAGCAGCGUUUUCCCCUCAUGCUUCUGCGAUGUGUCGCAAAAACCAGGGCGAUCUGAUCGACGAGGGGCAGAUUAUCGGAUAUUUAGAUCAAUUCGGCAACGAACUCCCUGUCAAAGUGAGUAUUCUUCCUAACUCCCCUCCCCAGCUCUCAAGCUCAGCUCUUCCGAACUACAACGAAUCCCUUUCUCUUCUGUGUAGUCUGAUGUAGCCGGAGAAGUCCUAAAGAUUCUCUGCAAGGAUGGAGGUACUCUCUCUCUCUCUCUCUCGCUAGCCCUACAAAUCCUUUCUUUUUUUGGUCAUUCCUCGCUGAUGAUCGCCACAUUUGACAUAAUCCAACAUGCAGAUGCUGUCGGCUACGGCGACCCGCUCGUAGCCGUCCUGCCUUCAUUCCACAGCACCAUCCUGUGA